AUGGAUGCUGAGUAUGUCCUGUGCAAUUGGAAAGACCAGUUAUGGCCAGCAAAAGUUUUGUCUAGAUCUGAGAUGUCAUCAAACAGUAAGAGAAAAAAGACAUUUUCCCUAGAAGUUCAAAUACUCUCACUGGAUGAAAAAAUUAAAGUGGAAAGCACGGAAACAAAGAUUCUAAGUAAAUCUCAAAUUGAAGCCAUUGCCUCCUCACUAGCAGCACAGUCAGAAGUCAGUGCUCCACCAAGAGAGGAAACAGCCUAUGAAAGGUCACUAAAAGUGGCACUGGAUAUUCUGAAUGAAAGAACAAAUUUGAGUCAAGCAAGCAGUUCAGAUGAAGACGCAACCACUACUCUGUCUCAAAAUGAUCCACAAAAGCUUUCUGAUUCACCCCCUCGUAAAAAGUAUCGGAAGCAUGAAGGAGAUGACAGAGAUGAAGGAGACUUAUCAAAGUGUCUUGAGGAAAGUGAAAAUGCAACGUCCCUGUUAGGACCUAAUUUAGAGAAUAAUGAUUCCCUGUGUGAUGAUAAAUCACAGGUGCAUGCAACCACUGAUACUCUUGCAAGUGAAAUGGAAACAAAGUCAUCAGAAAACUCCAGCUGGUAUGAAACUUUUCCUUCGCUUUCAGAAGAUGACGAUGAAAAGGAAAGCAAGAAAAAGAUUGAUAUCUCAGGAGUUAUGCCUCUGUAUUCCACAAUCAAAGAAGAGGAUGUAUACGUUAAAGAUGAAAAGUUCACUCCAACUUGGCCAUCAGACACCUUCACUGUGCCCAAAGCUGUGAAAGAGGAGGCACAGGAUAUUUGCCCAGAGACCCUGGGUGUUUCCUCUGAAUGCUCUACCUUCUCAGAGAAUAUUGAAGAUCCUGGAGAGGGCCCCUCAAAUCCGUGCUCAAGUACCAGCCAGAAUCAACCUGUGGAAUCAGAAGCAGGUGCUACGGCAUCGCCCAGGCGUUGUUCCUGGGAAUGUCAGGUUUCACUUAGUGCCUCUAACCGUGUCCUGGAUUAUUCACUCCUUCUUAUGAAUAAUGAAAGAAAUCUUCAGAGACUGGAUUUUGAAGAGCUUGGGGAAGAACUUCAAGCUUCUGAUAAGUCAGCACAGCUAAAUCCUAUUGAUACUUCCAUAUUAGAUGACAACGACGAAGAUGAAGAACUUCCACGCUUUGUUUUUAAUUAUGAGCCUCGUUCAUUUGAAACAGGAAUGAUAGUCUGGUUUAAAUAUCAAAAAUAUCCAUUUUGGCCAGCAGUGGUGAAAAGCAUCAGGCGAAAAGAGAGAAAAGCAAGUGUGCUUUUUGUUGAGGCAAGCAUGAAUCCUGAAAAGAGAGGCAUUCGGGUGCCUUUUAGAAGAUUAAAGAAAUUUGACUGUAAAGAGAAACAAGCACUAGUGGAGAAAGCCAGGGAGGAAUACAGUGAAAGUAUUGACUGGUGCAUCUCGCUGAUUUGUGACUACAGAGUUAGACUAGGUUGUGGUUCUUUUGCGGGCUCUUUCCUUGAGUAUUAUGCUGCUGAUAUUAGUUAUCCACUUAGAAAAGUAAUCAAACAGGACACCUUUAGGAACUUAUUCCCAAAGCUGCAUAAUGAGAAUUCUGCAGAACAGAUGGUUGUGACUUCCCAGACCAAGAAAAUGUCCUUCCAGAAAAUUCUUCCUGACCGAAUGAAGGCUGCUCGGGACCGAGCCAACAAGAACCUAGUGGACUUUAUUGUGAAUGCAAAGGGAACAGAGAAUCAUCUUCUAGCCAUUUUAAAAGGCACGAAAGGGUCCAGGUGGCUGAAGUCAUUUUUGAAUGCAAAUAGGUUCACUCCCUGUAUUGAAACAUACUUUGAGGAUGAAGAUCAGUUGGAUGAGGUGGUGAAAUAUUUACAAGAAAUCUACAAACAAAUAGAUAAAAAAAUGCUGACUCUGAUAAGAGAUGAUAAAAUUAAAUUUAUCCUGGAAGUUCUUCUGCCAGAAGCAAUCAUUUGUUCAAUUUCUGCUGUUGAUGGAUUAGAUUACAAGGCAGCUGAAGCAAAGUAUCUAAAGGGACCAUCCCUAGGAUAUAGGGAAAGAGAAUUAUUUGAUGCAAAAAUCUUAUUUGAGAAGAGACGGAAACCAUUAACAAAUGAAGCUCAUUAA